AUGAACUUGAAGAGAAGGGUGCUGGUGCUGGUCUCCUGUGUGUUUUCCUUCCUGCUGGUGGAGCGUCAUCUCAGGCCUCGUGUAGAAGAACUCAGGCUCUCAGACUGGUUUGAUCCUGGGAAACGCCCCGAUGUUGUGACAACCACAGACUGGCUGGCCCCGGUCAUAUGGGAAGCCACUUUCCACAGACAGGUCCUGGGGAGGUUCUAAAGGAGACAGAACCUCACCAUAGGCCUGGCCGUCCUCGCCACUGGCAGGACUGCGGAUCGGUACCUGGAGCCGUUCAUUCGAUCGGCGAAUAAGCACUUCAUGACCGGCUACAGGGUGGUCUUCUACAUCAUGGUGGACGCCUUGUCCAGGCUGCCGGACCUGGAGCCAGAUCCCCUCCGAACAUUCAAGGUCCUCACCAUCCAAGGAGACAGCUGGGGUGACUCGCACGUCACACGCAUGCGGACCCUGGCUGAGCACAUCCUGGGGCAUAUUGAGGACGAAGUGGACUUCCUGUUCAGCAUGAGCGCCAACAGGCUCUUCCAGAACGACUUCGGGGUGGAGACGCUGGUCACGUCCGUGGCUCAGCUCCAUGCCUGGUGGUACUUUAAAAACAAGGACAUCCCUUACGAGAGGAGGCCCAUGUCGGCCGCAUACAUCCCCUUUGGACAGGGGGGCUUCUACUACGACGGCUCGGUGAUCGGCGGCGCGCCCCUGGAGGUCUCAACCCUCAUAGAAGAGUAUCUGAAAGGGGUCGUUCACGAUGAGAGGAAGGGGCUGCACAGCACCUACGAAAGACACCUAAACAAGUACUUUUUCACGCACAAGCCCGCCAAGCUGCUAUCUCCAGAAUACAGCUGGGAGGCGGCGCUGCAGCCCCCGCAGGUCCGGUCGGUCAAGGCUGUGUGGCUCUCCCGGAGGCACUUCUGA